AUGUAUUGCGAUCAAUAUAGCAUCUGUAUCGAAGGAAACAGAUUGCAUGCAGAUGCUGACGGCACCCCAAAACACGGCCUACUAGUACGGGCGUGCCUGUCGCUGGGGAGUGGCUAUUCCAGCUUCAUACUCACGACAUUGCUCCCCACGGAGUCUCUAAAAUACUUCGAUAUCUCUCGGUACCUCGUCCCAAAGACCCUUGCAUGUGGGGAUGUCAUUCACGCUGUCUAUGGGCUCGCUGGUGCUCGCACGCCACCCAUUGCACUCGAAAGCCUGCUCACGCAGCAGUGGUCCCCUGCGCUCCCCUCCAGCUUGCUGAGCGUCUCCAUCUCUGCACCCUUCAUUACCAACUUCGACGCACCACGGUUGGCCCGAAUUCGGCUGGCUCUUCACGGGGAGGAUAUGGAAGGAAUGGUGCUCGAGGGUGGCAGAAACACGGUCAUGCCAAUUUGGCGGGGUGUAUGGGGUCGAAACGGAUAG